UUCGCUACUCUGGCGGCCCCCAAGGGCUCAGGCUGCGCCCCGGGAUGCGGCCGCCCGCGGGGCCCUGGUGGCCACUGCUCUGGCUGCCACCCCUGGCCACACUGCUCACGCGCGCAGGGCACGGGGAAGAGGCGGCGGUGCUGCACCCAGGUAUAAGGUGUAAAGCUUUGAAGGAAAUGGGUUUAAUUGAAGCUUCUAAGUCUGACUGUUACUGCUACUAUCAAAAUUCCCAGUUGGAGUGGAAACACAUAUGGUCAACUAUGCAGGUGAAAAUUACCAGUUCAGGCCUGUUCAGUAUUGUAUAUAUCACAGACAGACAUAAUUGCCAGUAUCCAGAAACCAUUUUGUCUUUUAUUAAAUGUGCAAUUUACAACUUUUGGACACCAAAGGCAUCUCAUGAAAUAAUCAUAAACAUCAAUCCAUAUGAGGAGACGGCAUGCUUCUCUGUGAAGCCUGUUGAGGAGAUGUUUAUCACCUAUACUAUAAGUGUGAAUCGAAAUCUUGUGGAUUCCAAACUCUUCCUCAUGUUUGCAGCAGGAGUUCUCCUCUUCUUUUACGCAAAGACCUUAAGUCAAAGCUCUAUCUUCUAUUACUCUUCUGGGACUGCACUAGGUAUUCUAAUGACAUCCAUCUUUGUCCUGCUGUUGGUGAAAAAGCACAUUCCUAAGUAUAGCACCUUUGGGGCGCUAAUGGUUGGUUGUUGGUUUGCUUCAGUUUAUGUUAUAUGCCAGUUGAUGGAAGAUCUGAAAUGGCUGACGUAUGAAAACAGAAUAUAUAUAUUAGGCUAUGUCUUGAUAAUUGGAUUUCUCAGCUUCGUUGUUUGUUACAAACAUGGGCCUCUUGUUGACACAAGGGACAUAAACCUUUUGACAUGGACUCUGCGGCUCCUGUCCCUGCUUCUGGUCUAUUCUGGUGUCACGGUGCCCCAGUUUGGGUACAUAGCUGCAGUCCUCUUGCUGUUGUCUAGGAGUCUGCGCUACCCAUGGAAGGUGUUCAGCUAUCUGAGGUGGGAAAUGAAGAAAUGGUUCACGUCAGAAAAGCUGGCGGUGAAGUACCUCACUGAAGAUGAGUACAGGGAACAGGCCGACGCUGAAACCACCAGCGCCCUGGAGGAGCUGCGCCGAGCCUGCCGAAGCCCCGAAUUCCCGACCUGGCUCGCCAUCUCCAGACUCCAGGCCCCUAAAAAGUUUGCAGAGUUUGUUCUUGGAGGAAGCCACUUGUCACCUGAAGAAAUUAGUCUGCAUGAAGAACAAUACGGCCUUGGGGGUGCCUUCUUAGAAGAGCAGCUCUUUAGCCUACAGACUUCCUGACAGGCCACUGGAAAUUGAACAGAACUAUUUUAGGGAAUGAUGGUAAAAACCUUUGCUAUGGAGAAUAUCAAGUCAUACAGGAAUGGAAAACUAAACUAUAUUGAUAACUUACUGUUCUUCACUAGUUCUGCUAUUUAGUAUACCGUACAUGGCCAUCAGAUGCUGUGAGACUCGGGACCACUUUCCUUGGAUGAAGACUUUCAUUAGGAACAAGGGAAUUAUACUGCUUUGCAAGGAGCCAGUUAGCGUGAAUACAGCCUCCUAAAUAUACUCUUAAUCCCUGGAACCUGUGUCAAAAGCCUCUGCUUUGCUCUUUUAACAUAUUAUCAGUGUGCUAGAAGAGACCUGAGAAUGGUCUGGGCAAGUUUCUCCAAAGUAAAGUCUAUAGGGUGCUAUGUAACAGGAUUCUGAAGUCAGCUAACACUGAUACAGGCAGAUCAACUACCGGACUUCUCAGGGCCUUUGACAAUAUGUAUGCACAUUCUGAAUCUCCUAGAGAGGAGAUGGUGUGGGAAACAGUUUUCAGUUUAAUUUGACCACAGAAUCUUUUUGUUAUGAAAUUAGUAUUGUUUGGAACUUAUAUUUGGAAAAUGCUAAUAAUGGAGGAAUUGAGAGGGAGGAAAAUAACUUGUCUGAGACAACACAGCUAUUUAGAGGCAACACUGGGACUAGGACUCAAGCCCUAGAGUUUCCCACUACUCAGGUAGAAGAGAUCCCAGAGAUGAGCCAAGGGGCUGUCUCCCUACUUUUCAGGUCUUGUAAUAUAGUUGGCUUUAUUUUUGAAUAAUGACCAACCAGCUAUUUUGUAACUAAAAUAGAGAAACAUUCUAAGAUUUUUAUUUUAACAUUUUGAUAGGACUUUUACAGACAUGAGGAUUAAAAUUGGGAUUGUGUUUUUUUGUUGGAUGUUGAAAUUGAAAACAUUUAACCUUUUGUCAAAAAGGUUUUUUACUCACUGGUCCAUUUUUAAAAAUUGUUGAGUUAUAUCUGUUGGUAACAAUCUCCUCCAAAACAGAUUUGUGAUCUGCCAAGGCAGACAGAGCACAGGUCUUUUGUUCUUGAUUCAUAUUUUCAACUGCAGCGUGAAAUGAGAUACUAACUGUAAGCUUUGACCAAGAGAAAAGAGGCUAUGACAUGGGUCUGAAAAAAUAUUUGGCUGUUGAAAAUAACUGAAGGGUUUAGAUGCUACUAAAUUAAUUCUUUCCAUCAAACUUUUUGCUGCUGUGGGAUCAUAAAAAAAAAAUAAUCUUUUAAAGGGUUCUGGAGGACAGACAUAUGGUGAAUCAAUGCAUUGUUUUCCUGAGCCAAAUUCAGUAGCUUUUCUACAUUAUUGAAAUUCUAGAACAUUUAGAACUUCUUACUCAUUUUCAAAUAUUUUCUCUUCGAAGCAUUGUAUCAGUGUUUUAUAGGUAUGUUUUCACCUGACACCUUUUAAAUGUCAGGAAAUUUGCUACUUUUAUAAAAUGUACUAAAUUCAGUUUGUGCCAUUACACACUUUGAAUCAGAAAACAAAGUGUCCUCCAGUCAGAUGAUGAUAAUGACUCUCUUCUAAGUUAAAGGACAACAUUUUCGUUAUGGUAAAAUCUGAUUUUUAAAUAUGUGGUGGUAUUUUGUAUGAAUAUUACCUAUAUCAUUGCUUGUGCUCCCCACACUCACCCCACACGGAGCCACUUGUGGGUCACAAAAUGUAUGUGUGAGUAACAUGUGAAGAGUCUGCUGGAGUUCCCAGGAGCCGUCCCAUCCAAGACAGCCCUGGCCUUCGAGAGAAAGAGACUCCUAGCCGGCUGGCAGACUGGCUGUAACCAUCAUAAUAAAAACAGCUCAAGAAAGAAAAGAGAACAAUCUGGGAUGUUCUUUCUUGUAUUUACUUUUAGAGGAAAUUGUGUAUGUGUCCAUUUCUGUUACGUUAAGUACUAAAA